CUAUGUUAUUCUUUUUUGUACUAAUAGCCUAAUUCACCCACCAAAUCUUGAGUAUUUUUUUUAUUUAAAUGUUUUAGAUAACAGGAAACCCAGACGUGUUAAAAGCGACAGAAGGAGUCUGGUGUGUCCUUUAAUAUUAAUCAACAUUACUAAAAGUUUGAUUUGACAUGUUCAGCCUGAGAUCCAUCCCACGGAAACCACCUGCUGUUAACAGUCUGCACAGAGAGCAAAGUUUCCACACUAAACCUGCGCGUCUCAUAGCUGUGGUCUUUAAGAUGUAUGAUCAAAUUAUGCUGCACUUUAUGAGUCAAAUAACACACGCCUUUGGGGUAGAAUUAUGCAACCUCUUUAGGGCCGGCAUGUUACCAUAAUAAAACCUUGUUUCAUCCCUGCAGUCGUGGCUCUGAGACGUAGUAGUCUUAAUAAUCCCCGGCGCCCAGUUGGUGGAAAUCCCCACGUGGUUUCGACUCCUGUAUAAAAACUUUGGGUGUGCGGAGCCCCUGUUGUCGUGAUUGCAAAAGGCAGAAAAGGGUCUCAGUGAGCAGCAGCAUCUUGCAGGACGCACGGAGCUGUUCAUCUACUAGAACCGCGCGCACCGGACACGGUACCCAGCAGCAGGCGCAAACACAAAAGACGCGGGACUCACGGAGAACUCACUGUGUUUUUUGUUUUUUUUUAAUCUUUUGGGAACUGCAGUUUUGAAAAGUUUCUGCAUGUUUGGUGCUGAAUGGGAAAGAGCGCAGUGAACGCGUUUGGACAUCGGAAGGGGGGGGGGGUUCAUUCAGAGACCUCGUUUGUUUUGGUAGAUUACAAGUCUGACCUGAACGGGCAGUGACAGAAGCGCGUCAACAAUCCAAACUCCUGAGUGCGCUUUCCAAUAACAGACAUGAACUUUUAUGUUGGGCAGAGAAAAGAAGCAUUGUUGGAUAACAAGCUGAAUGCAUAAUGACUGGAGUUAAUUAGCCUGUUUGGGAAUACAAAGCUCUCAUUGGCUUCUCUGGAUAUCUUGAGGCGUCUCACUUUUUGGAGCACAAGUGGAAUUAAAUUUAGCUUUUACCUUCGGUGUGUAUUUGAUCUUUUUUCAUCCUUCUCUUACUUAGGAUUCGGACUGUAACCUUAACUGUAGAAAAAUGAGCGUAUACAGCCUGGCUUUGUCCUGCUUGGUCGCGUGCGUCCUUUCCGCGGGCUGCAGCUCGGUGACCGGGACAGACACUCAGAGCUCGCCCCAGGAGUCGUGCGCGUCCUGCGGUCUGAGGACGCCGGAUCAGACAGAGCGGGUGAACAUAGACUUCCUGGAGGCGGUGAAGAGGCACAUUCUGAACCGGCUGCAGAUGAGGGACAGACCCAACAUCACCCACCCCAUCCCCAAAGCCGCGAUGGUGACGGCGCUGAGGAGGCUGCACGCCGGUAAAGUGCGCGAAGACGGCAGAGUGGAGAUCCCGAGCUUUGACGGACAGGCUGCGUACAACAACGAGGUUCAAGCGGAGAACUCGGAGAUCAUCAGCUUCGCCGAGUCAGAUGAGCACACAUCCUCCAAGUCUGGUCUCUUCUUCCUCGUCUCCAACGAGGGAAACCAGAACCUGUACGUGUCCCAGGCUAACCUGUGGCUCUACUUCCGUGUGCUGCCAGCUGGUCCUGAGAAGGGCCUCCGGAGGAAGGUGACAGUCAAGAUCCACUACCAAGAGGCCGGUUCUGCCAGCAGUGCAGAGGGAAGCCCUGGAGGCGGUGGUGGUGGUGGUGGUGGAGGGGGAACAGGUCGUUGGGCACUGGUGGAGAAGCGGGUGGAUCUGAAACGCAGUGGUUGGCACACAUUCCCUCUCUCUGAAGCUGUGCGGGCUGUGUUCGGAAAAGGCAGUCGACGCCAGGACCUGGAGGUUCACUGUGACGGCUGUGAGACAUCCGGCGUUUCUCCCGUGCUGGUGGACCCAGGUGACCCAUCCCACCGGCCGUUCCUGGUUGUCCGUGCUCGGCAGGUGGACGGGAAGCACCGUAUUCGCAAACGGGGGCUGGAGUGUGAUGGCACUAGCGGGGGCCUUUGCUGUCGGCAGCAGUUUUACAUUGACUUUCGCCUCAUUGGCUGGAAUGACUGGAUCAUUGCCCCAGCCGGUUACUACGGCAACUACUGCGAGGGCAGCUGCCCGGCCUACAUGGCAGGCGUACCGGGCUCGGCUUCAUCCUUCCACACCGCAGUAGUUAACCAGUAUCGCAUAAGAGGGAUGAGCCCCGGCUCAGUCAACUCCUGCUGCAUCCCAACCAAGCUCAGUACUAUGUCCAUGCUCUACUUUGACGAUGAGUACAACAUCGUAAAGAGGGACGUGCCCAACAUGAUCGUGGAGGAGUGUGGCUGUGCUUGAGUCCCCGCUGACCUCUCAUGAACUUGGAACAAUCAGAAAGGCCUUUUGUACAAACAGGACAUUGUUGUACGGUACACAUAUACAAUAUAUCUUUACCUACUGUAUGUGCAAGCGACAUGCACACUGGUACAAUCAAGCAAGUAUCAGUAUUGGUCCAUGUGUGCAUGGCUGUGUUUUCUAGUGUGCGUGCGAGUGUGUGUAUUUAUCAGAGUGACAUGCUUGCUGUCCGAGUGUUGUCCAUUUGGCGACGGCCGGUCAGCAACAAGACGAGAAGGGAAUGAUAAUCACCAAAUGAUACUUUGCUCUAGUUUGCCAUUUCUAGUCAAAAAUAAUGGCUCAUCAUCUCCUCUUGUAUGAAGAUAACAAGCGCUUAAGGAAAGUGACAGGAUCAGCCGAUGGCAUUAUUGGCUUCACCCCCAUGCUCCCAACACUGCUCCCCCAAACCUCUUAAGUACUUUAAGCACAUGACAGACUUUGUUUUCAUAAAGCACUGACAAUACAUCAGCUUAUACAAUUCAGAACACCAGCACUUCCCUAUAUUAUGCCGACAGACACAGUCUGACUCUCCUCUCUGAUGGAAUUAGACCGGCAGCGCUUAAUGCCUUGCAGGAUUACACCAUCCGAAGAAAGGCAAAAGAAAAGUCCUUUGCAGAGCUGCUGCUGUCACUCUUGCUGUUGACUAUGGGCCUCCACCUCAACUUCUUGCCUAAGAGUGCUGCAGGCCCUGCUACCAUGACAACCAGGUGAAGAUAGAUGUCAUAAGUGCACUUCACUUGUGCACUUGGACCAACAGAGAAAGAACUGCUUCUUCCCACUCCCUUUAUGCCCAGUAGGAGUGGGCUUGUGGAUGCAGAGACUCUAGUUUUGGCCCAUUUGGGUCGCCACAGUGCAGUGCAGCACUUGCAGAAACUGAAAUGCACACCCUGAAUAGCACUUGUAUAAAGAAUUGCCUUCCAAGGGGUACUGAGUGUCCUGUCCUAUCACUAAAUAAGUGCCACAUGAGCUAUGCAAUGUAUAGUAACCUAUACCCAUACUCGACAUGCUCUCUUAGACUGAAUCGUCUCUUCAUCUUUCUCUUUAUCUCCUUCUUUUCUCUCUUAAGUCCUCGACUCUUUAUCAAUACUUGAAAUGUAAUCUUUCGCCUCCUUUCCAAAGCGAAUGAUUGUUGUGACGUUUGCACUGAAAAGUUGCGGGAUUAGUGAAACAAAAACUGCCAUUGAAAAGUUAUUUUUAUAGAAGAAAAUUGAAUUUUGUUUCAAAUGUAUUUUACUUAAUUAAUGGAACCAAAGAGGCCAAGAUUUUAGCUAUUGUACUAAGAUGGCAAGGCCAUUGAGUUACUGUGUACAAUACUGUUUUGAUCAUUUGCAAUAGGCCUACCACUGUAUCAGGGUACGAUAUAUGAUUUCAUUUCUUUGCUCUACUUUCAUCCUCUGUUUUGUACAAUAAGCAACGCUUCUUUUUUCAUCUUUAAUUCUAUUUUUGUUUCAGUUUUCUAUUUAAUAAGAAAGUUAUUUUUAGUUUCUGUCUAAGAAUCAUUUAGUCAAAUAAAUGUCAUCUGUACAGUUUAUGUAAAAUAAAAUGUUUUCUUAAUUCUUUUGUAACUUCA